CAAAAAUUAUUUUGAACUCCUCUGUUGCACGGUGCACCUUCUAACAUACGUUUAAAAUUUAGUAUGUAAUAUUUUCCCAAAACCGCAGAAACAUCAUCUUCAAAUAGUGAAGUAGUGUGUGAUGAAUAAACUUCACCAUUAUCAUCCUAUUUUCUACUCACCUCGCCUCAUUCCUCGCUCUUUCUCCUCUAUUUCUAAGCCUUCUCUCUUAUCCUUCAAAUUAUUUCUUCCAAACAAUGCUUUUUCAUCUUCAAAUUCUUUCUCUUCCCUCAAACUCCAGACAUUCAAAGUCUCAGAUUUUGUUCCUUCUUCUUCUUGGGACAAUGAAGAAGAAGAAAAGUUAAUUGAUGAUUCUGGGUGUCUUCAAGAUUUGGCUCCUGAUAGUCCUGUUUACCAGAAAACCCUUAGAUUGGUUGAGUGUUCUAUGUUUGCUGCUGUUGCUGGACUAACUUAUUUGCUUAGCAAUUCUCUUGCUAUCGAGAAUUAUUUUGGAUGUUUUUUUGCAUUACCAAUAGUAAUCACAUCAAUGCGUUGGGGUUUUAAUGCUGGGCGAAAGACGAUGGUAGCAACAGCGAUGCUAUUGCUUGUGCUGUCCGGACCUGUAAAAGCAUUAACCUAUGUGUUAAUGCACGGAUUACUUGGAUUCACCAUGGGCUCUUUGUGGAGGUUGCAAGUGAGAUGGAGUUUCUCGAUCUUCGUGUGCACAUUGGUGCGAGCGAUAGGAGCUUUGGGAUAUGUUAUAACUUCGUCAUUCUUGAUACAAGAAAACAUCCUAGCUUUGAUCACCAUCAAUGUACAUGCUACCCUCACUAUGAUAUUCAACUCAUUAGGAUUCAAUACAGUUCCAUCGAUGAACAUUAUAUACACUAUUUUCGGAACACUGCUCUUGCUUAACUGUUGCUUCUUUGUGUUUCUUCUACACAUCUUAUAUGCCUUAUUCUUGACGAGACUUGGGAUGAAGGCAUCAUUGGCACUUCCAAAAUGGCUAAUGAACGCUCUGUAGUAUCUUGCGCCUGUUUUAUUGUAUUAUACUUGAAAUUGUUCGGUCACUCUUGCAAAAAACCGAGGAUUAAACUUUGCAACCAUGUGUAUCUUGUGUUGCUCCUAUGUACAUGAUGAAAAGGAUUUUAUUCUUGGGUAGAGAUGAAAUGAUUUCCCUUGUGAUAUUAGUUUAGUCAGUGAAACAUAAUUCGCUAGUUAGUUCGCCUUUUGGAUUCGUCAUACGCUCGAAAUGGUUCAAUAGCCUAUAACCGACAUAAUUCGCCUUUUGGAUUCGCGAUUCGCAAGGCGAUUAGCGAAUCAUGUAUACUAUCUUUAGUUCUGAUUCUUAUAGAUUGGUUUUAUCUGUUGUUGGAAAGUGUUUGUCUCUAUUUUAGCAUUGUUCACUCUCUUGUUCAAAAGAAAAAUAAGUUUUGCUCCA